AUGUUCGCAUCUCGCAGAAACCCGAACAAAUCGUACCGAGACAGCUUCUCGUACAAGCCCGAGAAGUCGAUGAGCAAGAAACAACGAUCCUUCAAAGAAUAUCCUCCGACGAGACGUAUCGUCACUCAGCACCCUGUACAACAGUCCUCGUCAGCACAGUCGUCUCCAACAAGAGCAGGCAGUUCGCCGACCUCACCCAAUCUCAACUCAGCCAUCGUCACCGUCGCAGUCGGUCCAGAACAGAGACUCUUCGCUGCUCAUGAAGAUAUUCUCAGCAAGUCUCCAUUCUUCGCCGAAGCCUGCCGGGCACAGUUCUUCGAAUCGAACGGCAAGCGUGUCGAGGUCCCGAACGAAGCACCUGAGGUCUUCUCAGCUAUACUGGAAUACCUCUACAAGGGCGACUACACUCCGAGGAUCAACUUCGACAAGAAGCAUGGCCGUUGGUACCUCGAUGAUGGUGAUACUGCCACCGGCAUGAGUGAGAACACAAUCUACACCGGCAACGGUACGGCAAUUCUGAAGGACACCGUCAUCUACUGCUCCGCCCAUCGCUACCAACUUCCCGAACUGCAACGUCUCGCCCUCAAAAAGCAAGGCCUACAGUCUGGUGUACAGUGCAGCACCAUCCUAUCAUCAGCUCGAUACGCCUACGCCAACACACCGCCCUCCGACAGUAAGCUAAGGGCGCACUACCUCGCCCUGGUCAUCCGCAGCCGGAACACCUUCAAGCGUAGCGGCACCAUGCAAAUGGAAAUGCAGGAUGGCGGCACUCCACUCUUCUUCGAUCUCUUCGUCGCAAUGUGCAACCACUUGGACGACAUCGCCCGCUCGCCGCGUGUCUAG